AUGGACUGUGAGGGUUUGAGACUGCGUGGUGACCGUGAUUUCACUACCGCCGACUCCAACCAGGAACUGGCUGCUCCGCCUCCUUCACCUCCCAUGACCUGGCUGCCUCGCGGCGUCCUGGGCAAGGGUGUUCGUUUGCGACUGCGUCUAGAUCGCCAUGACCACCGGGGACGGGGCUGCUGGCACCUAGUCGACCUGGAGGCAGAGUCAGAGCCGCUCGGGAAGAGACUGAAAAGCCCAGACCCUGAGGCCUGCAUACAAAGUCGGAUGAGCACCCUGUCUGCCGGCUUGGAGAUGCAAACUUCAACCCUGGAAGCCCAGUUCAUAGUGGCACCCCAGGCUAAAGUAACUGGCCGGAAGAGAGGACGGCCUCCUAUCCGGAAGCUGGAUUUCCAGAGCCACUAUGUGGAUUCUUUAUCGCCCUUGAAGGUCCCAAAGAAGAGAGGAAGGAAACCCGGCUUUAAGCUGAAGCCCAGGAUGGUGAUGUCCUCACUCGCCAACUCUCCUCCCAACAGCACGCCAGAACCUGAGAUGGGGUCUCUCCCACAAGACGCUGCUAUCGUCCCCCACUCUGCCACACCACAGGUCCUAACAGCAGACACACCCCUGCCUGAUGAUUUCAUAUGUGACCCGCCUGCAGACAAGCGCUACACCAUAGAUCUGAAUGACUCUGCGUUCAACAUAAUGGCAUCGCAGUACCAAACCAAGCCUUCUUAUAUUUACCGUAGUAACAGCUGUUCCACUCCAAUAGGUUUAUGCAGACAGGUUUCAAGUCCGGCGACUUUUCAGGAUGGAAAUAGAACCGCCCUCACUCCCUUGCCAGACGCUGGAGAGGGCAAGCGUCUUCCUGGGAAGGACCCGUCCAACUGGGGUGUAGAGGACGUAGUGUGGUUCAUCAAAGAAGCUGACCCUCUAGCCCUGGCACCCCAUGCUGAGGCUUUCAGGAAACAUGAAAUAGAUGGAGACGCACUCUUAUUGCUGAAAAGUGAGAUGAUGAUGAAGUACCUGGGACUGAAACUGGGACCUGCGCUCAAACUCUGUUACCACAUCGACAGGCUCAGACAGAAUCGCUAGUAAUUUCCUGUAAGAGAACUGAAGGCUGAAAAAAACAUCACCUCAAUAUCCUGAAUAUGAGGUGAAAUUGAAACCUUGGUGCUUUCACUGCAUCUGAACCACUUUUUGUCGACUGAACAUUUUAUAUGUACUUACUGGGACUAUUUGCAACUUUGUUUACUUACCGGCAAUACUUGAGUCUCUUUAAAUAGCAAAUAGUUUUGCUACAUGCAAAUGUCAGCUAACAUUAACUAUAAGCAGCAUUAAUUUAAGCGAACCAUAAUUACAAUAAUAGAGUGCUCCACUAAAGGUCUACAAAGAAAAAAAAUUAUCACAGUGUUUUACCUCAUUAUCAUUUUUAAACUCAGCAGUAUUGCUCAGUUCUUGGGCUGCUUGUUUUAAUACAUUUUCUUUCAAAUAUAUAUAUUUUUUCCCCCAGGCUGGAAUUGUACAAAGAUAUUUUAAAAUUUUUGAUUUGGAAAUUGUCUGACAGGGAACAGCUGCUGGUGUAUUAUCCAGGUUUUCCUGUUGUCUGACAAGUUCACUAACAAGUGAUGAUAGACAAAGAAAAUGAUCUGUGAACUUUUUAUUUCCACAAACUACUGUAUAGCACAAUGGAUCAGUGGUACUGUAUUUCUCAAAUAAGAACUCCCUUUAAAAUUUGAAAAGAAACAAAAAAAGCUCAUGUAACUUGGUGCUGCCACUACAUCUACACUCAACAUACUAAAUCAUAUCUUGUGUUAAUGUCUAAUUCUAUCCUAAUAGCUUGCCAUUUUUGUUACAUGGUACCUCAUUUCAUGCCAUUCUGAGCAUAAAUGCCUCCGCUGAAGGAGUAAUUGGUCAUAAAAUUAAAAAAGAGGCUAAGUAGCAUUGAGAGUUUUCUCAUGUGAUGCUUUAUGACAAACUUCUGGUUAAACUUAAUCUUAUGCUGUGCAAGACAAACUUGUGAAAUAUGUGUUAAACUUAAAGUUAACUUUUGAUUAAACAUGUUUUUUUAUCUUGCUA